AUGGGCUUGGCUAUUAGUUUCUCACUUUGGACACAUGCUCCACCUCUGCGGCUAAUUGAGUUCAUGCUCUGUAUGUCCUGACAGUGCCCUGCUUGAUGCCCCACACCAUGCUGUCUCGCCCAUCCAGUCUUUAGAAUAAGUCAGUACACCCCUCGGUGCCCCUUGCAUUGUGCCCCACUGCCAGGCCCGCCACCUCUGCCAUCCAUUAAUCCCCGUCACCUGACCCUGGAUGCCCCUACCGGGAUGCAGCUGCGAAGCUCCGGGCUGUGGCUGCUUCUGUUCGCCGUGUGGGCUGUGCAGGUGCCGGGGUGCCAGUCAGUGUGCGCCAGGCGGGGGCCGCCCAGGUGCUGCACGGGUCGGAACAACGCAUGUACCGGGGUGAGUCCAGCCGGUACCACGUGUUACUGUGAUACUUACUGUCACCGGAGCGCAGACUGCUGUGAGGAUUACCGCGGGCAGUGCGGGGGGAGCGGUAAGUACCCCGGGAGGGGACUGAUGCUAACAUACAUCCCAUUAGCCACAACUAAUAAUCCAAUCACUCCAAGCACCUUACAUGUUACUUGCUAUGUCUUAGUCACAUUACAGUGGAUACAUAGAACACAGUUUGAUCAGAAAUUAUUUCUCUACAGCAAAUAGUCAAAAGCUGAGACCAUCCCAGUACAGAGUCUUACAGGUGCUGGGAAUAAAUGUUCUAGCUAAAUAUUAGAAAUAGGAACAACAUUCCACUGUUUUCACAGAGAACGUAUCACACUUUAAUUUUUUUUAUACCCCAAUACAUUUUACCCUUUCUGGAGUACGAUAUAUAUUUAUUUAAACUCGAAAUAUUUUAUAGAAAAAUUGCAUCUAUUUUUUUUUUACGUACAUGUUUAUUAUUAAUUUGCUAUACAUUGCCAAGAGCCAUGGGAUUACUGUUACAAAGAUAAAGUCUGAAUAAUUAAUGUGUUGGGGCCAAGUUUCAAGAAGUCUCCACAGUUGCACAGUAAAUGGUGUCCCUCCAUCCAGUUCAGAUCCCUCACAAUCACACUUUCUGUGUGUUUAACCCCUUAAAGACCAAACUUCUGGAAUAAAAGGGAAUCAUGACAUGUCACACAUGUCGUGUCCUUAAAGGGUUAAUCACUGAGCGCUGAAUUGCAGUGAAUGGGAAACAGAGCUGUAGAAUUUUGGAAAUAGUGCUGAUUGACUUGGAAACAUUCCACAACUCAACUUUAUUCCUAGCUUGGCUGUAGUCACCGAGUCUCAUUUAGCUUAAAUUUUACGUUUCAGUUACCCACUUACUACAAUUGCUUGUUUAGUGAAUAAACCCCAUUGUGGCUUUACAUGUGCAGCCAUGGUGUUUGUGUGUAAUCAAAAAAUGUCGGCUGAUUUUGUAUUUAAUAACAAAAAUCUUUGUUCAUAACAACAACUUGAGUGAAACUUUUUGGCAAAGUAAUAGAGACUACAAUGUGACUGCUGUUUUAUACUAUAUCCAUAUGUGCAUACAUCUCAAGGAAAACAAUGGGAAGACCAGGAUUGGCUGAGGAGUCUCAGUCGCUUCCUGUUCUAUGGAGAAUAGCAACAAAUAAGGUCAAUUCGAAGAAGAGUACUUCCUUUUAAUUAAUAAUGGUUUGCAAUGUAUUUUACACACUCUUAUUUAAUGUCUUAUUUACGGAAGGCAUUAAAAAAAGCAAUAAUCUUUAUCGAGCAGUGUGUGUAGAUAUAUAUAUCUUCUAUCAUGUAUAUUGUUUGAGUAUGUGAGGUGUGUAUAUAUUUUACAUAAUAUAUAAUUUUUUAUAUUUUUUUUGUCAUUUAAUUGUCAUUGAGAUGAUAGCAUAUAGCAGUACCAGCAUAAACUUGUCUUUUAUUAAUGACUAUUCACAAAAUAAGUCAUAAAGAAAACUGGUAAAGUUAAAGACAGCUCGUUUUUGUAAUGUAAAAUAAAUAACAGGAGUAUCGUUGUGUGUAACACCUCAAUAGCAAGAACAUUCACAACAUAUAUUCUAGAUGAGACGCAGUUGAAAGGCUCACAUUAUGAGAGGGCCAUCUGCUGAUAAAAUAUCACUAAUAAGGCUUCUAAAGAGGCUCAUAUGAUCCAUUUCAAAUGGAAGUGAGGGUAAGGGCCAUGUGUAGGCAGUACAAACGAUAAAACAAAGAGAAACAUAAAGGCAGACACAAAACAAGAAACAACCUAUAGACUGUGCGGUCAGACUAUACAACAUAACUAUAUAUUUGAACUGGAAUAGUUGCCUGAGCAGUCCAUAACAAUCAGCCAAUGCCCAUCUUGGAAGCUUGAUAUUCGAGCAAGGAAUUAAAGCCGAGAUAUAUCCUCAGCUGAAAUCUGCACUGUUGCGAACCAGCAGGUAUACAAGGACUGCAAACCUCCAACCCCAGGAAGAGAGGCAAGGCAAGAAGCAUCUCCCAGUGGUGCUAGCUUAUCCUGGUUUACGGUUCCUCAGAGUGUGAUGGCUGUGUCGGGAUAGGAAUUCCUAGGCGUUCGCUGCCUCGAACUUGGAAGAUAACCCCUUCACUGCCCAGUCCCUGAUAGGGCAUAGUCAUGCUCGCCACGGAGGUUCCCAAAAACUCACCACGAGAGGAGUGUGUUUACAUCAGACAUCGCUGUGCUCCUGCCUUAACCUCUCGUUUCGUCUGCAGGUGUCCCCAGAAUGUGACACACAAACAAAGAGGUACAAGAUUCAGCAAAAAGGUUUCAUAUGCUUGGUGUGACCUUCAGGAACUGUCAUGUUAUGCAUUCUACCAUUUUAGGUAAGAUGAAGCUCAGGAAUUGUGUGCUCUAACACAGAGGUCUUGUAGAGUGGCGCUUGUCUAAGGGCAAUGCUGUAGUGGGCCAGAUACAAUAAAGAUGCAAUCUUUAUGAAAUAUUGAUGUUGACUGCGUUAGAAUUUCACUGCGCCGGUCCAAAGAUAACAUACGAUAAAGAAAGCCCUAGUUUGUCCUAUGGUAAAUCUCGGGUUGACAAAAGGUGGAGCUUGUCAGGAUACUGACAGGGAUCCAAUACGCAGAGUGCGGACAGAAGGAGGUACGUAUACCGGACCUUAGAAUGGCCGGACUAACGUAUGGACAAAACAAGAAUAGUCAAAAGGUAAGCCGAGGUCGAGGGAGCCGGAGGACAGGUAAGCAAGAUACAAGCCGAGUCAAAGGAGAGGAGAGGACAACAGGACAAAAGACAAGCAAGGUCAAAACCGGAAACACUAAGAGAGAGAACGCGCUGAGUGACUAGCAAGCUAGAACCACGACAGGGCAAUGAGCAGUAGUAAAGGUUUCCUUUAAAUACCCUGUCACCUUAAUUGAGACCACGCCCCCAAAAGGUCCGGAAUAGCGGUUCCCGGCACUUCACGUAAUGCUGACGUCAUGACGUCGACGCUAGCCGUCGCGUCAUAAAAGGGGGAGGAGCUAGCGCGGCCGGCGCGAAAACGGCCGGAAUUUGCCGAAAUGCUAGGGGCAAGGAGCCCCUAAACAGAGAGGAUGUCUUCCCUGGAGUCAGCACCAACAGGUACCCUGACAGAGCUCUACCAUCAGCUUUUUUCCCAAUUCUUGCAGUUGUCACAUUUGGUGGCUAUGAAAUUCAGACAUCAAUCUGUGGAAGUUCUUGCGGGAUCCAUUAUAAACCUCAGCGAUGUUUUCUCCUGAUAGAUGAAGCCCGGAGCUGAACAGGAUGCGGACAGCAAAGAUGGCAGGUAAGUACAACUAAUUCCCCUGCACCCUGUGGCCACCAGACCAUCACCAGAAAUGUUACCUUCAGGGGUCAAUAGAAAACAUGCAACGACCCCCAAAAGUGAUAGAUCCGCUUUAAACGAAUAACCCUGCCACAGUCCAAGAGAGUUAUCCACUUAACUCUGAAUCUUACUGAAUUCCAAAUGUAAAAAUUGAUGCUGAAAUAGUCAGGCUAACACUGUAGCUGUAUUGAAGAAUUUUUCUAAAUCAGCUUUUUUUUGCAUCAGUUUUGCCAUUUGGAUUUUGAUUCAGUGCCAUUUGGAGAUUAGUGAAUAUGUCUGUGUAUUUUUACUAGUAAGGGUACCACUUCAGCCUUCAAUGUCAAGAAACAAAUGAGAUUUAACAUAUGGCUGGCUGACUAGUAGGUUAACUGUGUGUCCUGUGUUGUAAUUUUACCCAGCUUAACCCAGGGGUUGACUCCUUGAGACGUGAGAUGAAUCUUUUUUUUUCUACUGAAAAAAAAACUGUAAUAAUUAUCGUUAUCACCUUAAAUAACUCUUUAAAUAACAUUAGAACCCAAAAAAACAACUGAAUUCCUUUAAGGUCAUGGAAAUUUCAUGUACAUAGCAUUGUGUCCUGCUCCUAGAUAUGUUUUACAGCACCUGUAUAGGAUUGUUGUACAGAUCUGGAGUUAAUUUUUUAAUAUUUGAAUUACAUAUAGAAGCAAAAUUACAUUACACUGAUACUUUCCCCUGCCUGGGAGCCUCAGUGCUUUACAUUCAGUGUGAUGCAUGGACGCAUGUCUCUGUCACCUAAGUCAGUUAUUGCUUUUUUUCAGUGAGGGGCACUUUUUUAUAUACAGGGGACUCUCCACGUUAACAUUCCAGCUGCAUAAAAUGUAUCAUUUUGUCUGAGAUGGCUUUUGUGACUAUGAACUUGCUUGGCAAAACCUACUGCUGGCAUUCAUUAGGGGUGGAUAGAUUACCUGAUAUUGUUUUGUGAUGGUGGGGUGUACCAUUUCUUCCCCCUAUUUAGAUGGGAUAGUCACUAUUUUGGGCUCAAAACCCUCUGUUAUUCCUUUUUCUAGGAGCUCCCUAUUGUUGGUGUGUCUGAGUGUAAUAGAACUUCACAGCAAUAAUACUCACAGUAAUGUGUCUUUAACCUACAAAAAAUGUGUUAGAAAACAGUCCGUAAAUAACAUACAUUGUUCUUGUUCUAAAUUACAUUUUAGUUGCAUAAAUUGAAAGCAAGUCACCUAAAAUUUCUCACAACAGCCCGCCCCUGGCAACACCCUCACUCACACUGCUAAAAUUAAAGUGUCCCUCUUUGUCCAUUUGAAAUGUUGGGAGUUAUGGUGUUUAGAUAUAAAAGUUGUUUGUAGCAUUGUGAUUCACUUGUACACUAAAUAAUAUUGUAUAUUGUAUUUCUGUGGACACCAUCAUGGUUAUUUACUAACAGGUGAAUUGUCAGAAAUUGGUCGGUAUAUUUCAAAUUUUAGUUAAAAAUAGUUAAUUGGUAAGUACAUUUCUCCAACUGUGCUCUGUUUCCAACAAAUGUUUGCUUUAAAAUUGAAAUUCCUUUCACAGGUUGUUGAUUAAUUCAUACCUUUGGGAGGUAUGCAAUUGGGAUGGGGGGAAGGGGAUCCUGAGGGGCAUUGCCAGUGAUGUGGCUUACAUUACGGGGGACACCCAUAAUGGGCAGGUCCACCCAAGAAAGGGCCUCUCUGGCCAUACGCUUACCUCUUACCAAAGGACUAAGCAGAGAGCGCUGCUAAAGUGCUCUUUAUAUUGUCCUAGUGCUCACUUCUCAGUGCGAGCGUGUGCUAAUGAUGUGCUUGGACACCAGGAACUAAACUGGGAUGGUGGACAGGACCCUGAAAUCAUCACUGUCCUGCCAAAAAUAGAGGCUGUUGGGAAGCAUGUUACCCCGACAGUGAGUUCUAGUAAAUUAUAAAUAAAAUUGCAGAACUUGGACAAAAAUUGCUGAUUUGAGAAAACAUGUCCAACACUGUAUUUAGGAAUUGGUUUUAUAAUUGAUAAACCCUAUUAGAACAUUUAUAGAGUCAUAUUAGUGUGUUUUAUGGCUGUAUAGCUCAGCUUAUUCAUACACUAUGCACAUUAAUUGCUGUGAGGUUUACUGCUGUUAUACACACACAUACACUGCAUAUUAUUGUGAGGUCAGUAAUACACUAAUACACAUUGCACAUGUUCGGAACUCUGAACAGACUGUCAGGAGGUGGCCUGAUAUCAUAGCCCCUCUCUCCUUCAGUGGGCUCAGCCUGCAGAAAUACUGUUCCUUCAUGUGCAAGUGUGCAGUCACUAUUAUAAAUAGCGAUAUACUAAAUGCAAGCACCAUCUUUGCCAUGGUUUUCAGGUAACUGGCUGUUGAGGAAUUGCUAUCGCCCUCUGGCUUCUCUGCAUCCCCACCCCAAACCACCACUGGUAUUCUGUAGUAUCAAUAGGUGAGCUACCGAAUUCACCAGCUGAUGCUAAGUGGCUUGUCUCCUGACAAAUUGCUGUUCUUGUCAAAUGGUUAAUGGAUCACUAUAGUGUUAGGACUAUAAAUCUGUAUUCCUAACACUAUAUAGUGUCCCUCUGCACUCCACUCCUUCACCUCUCUUGUUGUAAUUAUAGGGAAAAACACAGUUUAAAACAUUCACCCUUGAAGGCAGACUGAAGUGGUUAUGGUGUUUUAUACCGGCUCCUAACAUUUCAAAUGGACAAAGAGGGACACUUUAAUUUGACGGUCAUGGAGGGGCGUUGCUUAGCGCUUGAGCUGCACGGUCACAUGCCGGAGUAGCUCCCGCCGCUCAAGACACAAGGGGCACUAAAACAACCGGGCUACCGAGCGCCAGCAACAGCAGACAAACAUCCACCAUGUCCCAGAGAUUAAAAACUAAGCCCACGAAGGCGGACAAAGCGUCCUUUUUCCAGGUAAAAGCCACACUGCAAAAAGCGCGGGAAGAUGGCGAACAAGAUGGCGGCCCGCCACAAUCGCGGGAGGGCUCUCCUACAUCCCCAGCCUCCCCAGAAACAAAUACUGAAGACCAGCCACUCACAGUGGCAACUAUGAGAGGUAUGAUGGCAGAGCUCACAAAUACAGUAUCGAGGAGCCUUAAGGCUCAAAUGCUGACACUGACAACCGAACUUAGGAAAGACUUGCAGGACAUAGGGACCCACACUGUGCAUCUAGAAUCUAAGAUGGAUGAUUUUUCCACGGCUCAUAACAGUGUGGCUGAUAAAAUGCAAGAACUGGAAGACGUCAUUACAGCUCAAAAACUCAAGCUAGCAGACCUGGAAGAUAGGUCUAGGAGGAACAACCUCCGAUUUAGGGGGAUACCAGAAUCAGUAACAAAUGCUGACCUAGAAACGUAUUUGCAAGACAUGUUCCAACAGAUGACCCCCGAACUGCACCCGGACCAACUGCUGCUGGACAGAGCGCAUCGUCUCAGGAGACCUAGCCAUCUACCCAACACGGCAGCGAGAGACGUCAUAGCAAGAGUACACUUCUUCCAUGCCAAAGAAAGAAUUAUCAAGGGAAGCAGAAAUAGAGGGAUGCCAGAGAAAUUCUCCAACAUCAAAAUCUUCUCCGACCUCUCGGCAGAGACCUUACAAUACCGCAAAUCCGUGGCACAAAUCACGCUAUCACUGCGAAACCAAGGAGUAAACUACAGGUGGGGAUAUCCGGCCAAGCUGCUAAUUUACCACGAAGACUCCCUCCACUCCAGCACAUCAGCGUCGCAAGGCAUAAAGCUGCUCAGAGACUGGGGAAUCCCGCUGGCAGAGCUACCAAAAACAGGCCUAACGAAAGUUCCCCGUCUGGCCCAGGAUUGGGCAUCCCGCUAAAGAGACUACAUAACCGUGCGGUAUACGUAAGACACAUAACCAAAUUGUCAGUUAUCUUGUUGUAUUUAUUACUAUGUUAAUCCAUAUUUUCUUAUCUUAAUGUUACACUUGGGAAGCACGUGGGUAAAUGCCGGGGCCCCCGACCUCCUCCCAUGCCAACUAGACAGGCACACAACGAGAUAUAUUCUCGGUUAGACCACGACACUGUCCAAACACCAAAGGUUGGGGAGUCGGGACACUGGAGGCCCACAGGCAUAGAGGUUAAAGGAAAGAGAGAGAGAAAGAAGGAAGGGGAAAAAAAAAAGCCAUGCAACGCAGACUAACUAUACCAGCACCCAUGGUGCCCCAGCAUGUGCUUGUCACAGGGACACACUCCUCAACGGAAGUCCCAACACCACCACCCCCCUAGACUGCGUGCGACCCUUGGGCGCCGCAAAAAGGCUCGACCCAGAGGAGCCUCUCAGGGCUAUGCCCUCUGUUCCCCCCUCCCUCAUACAUAUGGAAACGACGCAAGGACAACAGUUAAAAGUUGACCUUACCCCGUACCCCUCUUGCCUCCAUAUCACUUCUUGCAACAGACAUCCACACCGAACUGUCACAUAAAGGCAUCCACCAAAAUAUUGUGUGUAAGGAAGAGAGCGUAAUUCUACAGACACAGGUACCAUCACUAGUGUCCCCAAACACAACCACACCAAUAUGAGAAUAGUGUCUUAUAAUGUUAAAGGAUUAAACUCCCCGGGAAAACGCAGGUUGCUUUUACAAGACCUCAAGAAAAACUCGGUAGAUAUCGCAUGCCUCCAAGAAAUGCACUUUAGACACCCCAUAGCCCCAUCUCCUUUCACAAAACUAUACCCCAUACAAUAUCAUGCCCUAUCGGAGACAAAGACAAAAGGGGUUGCCAUCUUAGUGCAUAAAGACAUCGCCUUCACACUGCAAAGCAGUUACAUAGAUCCCAAAGGGAGAUACAUCAUAGUGGUAGGGCUCUUCAAUAAUACACAAUACACCAUAGGCGCAGCGUACUUCCCGAAUGACAAUCAAGCCUCUUUUCUCAAAGCACUUCUGUCCAAACUAGAUACAUACAAACAAGGAGGGCUCAUACUGGGAGGAGACUUUAACUUCAUCCAGUCCCUGACCUUAGACACUACUGCUUUGCCACAGGGAAAGCGCAAAAAAGGGACCCAAGCCCUCUGCAAAACUCUCACCAACACCUUGACCUUGUACAACUUAUAUGAUAGCUGGCGAACACUACACCCUACAGACCGGGAUUACACUUUCUACUCAAGGGUCCACAACACAUACACACGUAUAGACACAUUCUUCAUAGAUAACAAGACCCUGCCAUAAUUGACAGACUGUAGGAUAGGAGAGAUAAUGUGGCCAGAUCACAGUCCAAUCUAUCUUGACUUGGAAGAUACAUAUCAAUCCCGAGGCAGGGGCACAUGGAGACUAUACAAGUCCCUCCUACUAGAUAAACCGUUCGUAGUACGCAUGAAGAUAGAGCUCAGUGAAUAUUUCCUUGCUAAUACAACAGGCGAGGUCACAGACUAUACAGUGUGGUCCGCACAUAAAGCGGUGAUGAGGGGCCAGUUCAUCAGGCAAUCAGCGUACAUAAAGAGACGACACCAAACCACCCUCCUAGAAUGCCACAAACAAAUAGCGAUAAACACAGCCCAAAACAAGAAUGCACCCACGGCAGCCCUAGCAGACAAAUUAAGAGGUCUGUAUCAGGACCUUACUGAGCUCAACGCCCAAAAGACCCAAUACUUUCUACAUAGACUACGAGCCACCACAUACCACCACAGUGGCAAGGCAUCUAAAUACUUGGCCAAUAGACUCAGAGCUAAGCAGGCUGCCAAUAGAAUCCCACACCUCAUAGGGCACACAGGAGACAAACUCAUGAACCCCAUGGACAUAGUGCAGGAAUUUGCACACUUUUACAAACAGCUAUAUAAUCUAGACUCAAGUGGUGGCGCAACAGCACCAGAAACACAAUCUAUUCGCAGUUAUUUACAGGGUAUUGAACUCCCCAAAUUAGACCAAAAUUCAGUGAGCGCCUUACUCGAACCGAUCUCCAUACAGGAGAUCCGGACGGUAAUUAAGAGUCUGCCCUCGGGCAAAUCCCCGGGUGCAGAUUGCUUCUCAAACAGCUAUUACAAGACAUUCAUAGAUAUACUAACCCCACACCUGCUCAAGGUAUACCACACAGCGACAGAAACAGGAUCCCUCCCCCCUGAAAUGCUGGUGGCCACAAUAGUAACGCUCCUGAAACCAGAUAAGCCUACAGACAGCUGCAAAAAUUUUAGACCUAUCUCCCUCCUUAAUACAGACGCUAAGAUAUUGGCCAACUGACUGGCACACAUCCUCCCAACUAUCAUAGGAGACGACCAAACAGGCUUCAUCAAGAGCAGGCAGGGUAGGGACAAUACUAGAAAACUUUCCUUGGUGCUGGAAAAACGGAGGGGAUCGGGACAGGGUGGGCUUUUACUAGCCCUCGACGCCGAAAAGGCGUUUGACCGAUUGAAUUGGUCAUUUCUCGAACACACACUUCUAAAAUACGACAUCCCCACCAAAUUUAUCAAACAGAUAUUUGCCUGGUAAAUGUUCCCCACGGCCCGAGUGCUACAAGCCGGCUUCCUCUCAGACCUGUUCCCCCUGACAAAUGGUACGAGGCAGGGAUGCCCUUUAUCGCCGCUAUUAUACGUCCUGGCCCUAGAACCACUACUAGUCCAAAUUAGGAAUCAGGAGGGUAUCAAAGGAAUAGAGCUAAACAGCAGGGAAAUUAAAAUUAGUGCAUUUGCAGACGACAUCCUCCUCUGUGUCACUGAACCUGAACAGUCGACCCCACUCAUUUUAGAUCUCAUCAGGGAAUAUGGGAAGAUAUCUUACUACUCUCUCAAUGCCAGCAAGACACAGGCGUUGGGAGUGCGGCUUAACCAACAAACCCUGACUGCCCUCAAAGAGAACCACCCUUUUGAGUGGAGAACAGAUACAAUAAAGUAUCUAGGACUGACCUUCACGAAAAACCCUACAGAGACCUUCUCGGCCAACUAUGUUAAGGUGGGAGGAGACUGCCGUCAAUUGAUGAAGAAAUGGGGCACAAUGUUUCUGACCUGGACAGAGAGAGUAGCAACCAUCAAAAUGUCCAUACUCCCUAGGCUCCAAUACUUAUUUUGCAACCUACCGAUCCAGGUACCCGCAUCCUACCUCCAAGAAACACAAAAGGACAUUAACAUAUUUGUGUGGGGGAGUCAAAAGGCCCGGGUAAAGGGAACACUGCUACGAGCACCAGCGAGACAGGGUGGCCUAGCCUUACCGGACAUUAAGACAUACUACCAAGCAGCAAUGCUGGCAGCACUUCUUCCCCAUUUCACAAACACAACUAUACCGCAGUGGGUGCAAUUAGAAAAACUAGCGAUUAAGCCCUUUGACGUACCCACCCUACUGUGGCUUCCAAAUCGGUUUAGACCAGAAGUGCCACAGAUGCCAACACAGAUAAAAACAGCAAUAAACACUUGGGACAAGAUCCGACACAAACUAACAUCCCACACUCUACUAUCACCGGCCACCCCGCUCAACACUAUCACGUAUUGUAUCCCAACCUUCAAUGCAAAGCCUUGGAUAACAAAUGGGGUCACACACCUGUACCAAAUGCUCAUACAUAACAACCCCCGCUUCUAUUCUGUAACCGCCCCCUCCCCCCCACCAGUUUCAUGCUUUAUGUUUGAUAUUUAUGUUUAUGACAUUUGAAUGACAAAAUCAAUAAAAGACUUUAAAUGGAAUUUGACGGUCAUGAGUGGGGGUGUGGCCAGGGGAGGGGAAGGGGCACAUUUAAGUGAUUGACUAAUAAGUUAUGCAACUAAAAUGUAAUUUAGAAGAAGAACAUUGUAUCCUAUUUACACAGGCUGAUUUCUAAACACACUUGUAAUUUAAAGACACAUCGUUGUGAGUGUUAUUGCUGUGGAGCUCUGUUAUACACUCAGACACACCAACAGUGUGGAGCUCUUAUAAAAGAGGGACAUUAACAGGAGUAUUUACUAAAGUGAGAAUUCAAAGUGAAUUUCACAUUUAAGGCCAGAAUAGUCUAACAGGAAAAAUUAUCUUAGUCAGAUAUGGUUUCAGUUUGGUUAUUCUGGCCUUAAAUUUUAAAUUCACUAUGAAUUCUCAUUGUGGGCUCAAACAGAGACUGUCCAUCCUAAAUAGAGACAAAACAACUAGCUUACAUUGGGGCUUCACUUAGUACUUGUAUUGACAUCAUUAAAAUUGUAGAAUCCUUUCUUUCUAAACGAUGGUGGGUAGCAGUUACCUGCGGUGUUUUUUUUAGCGAUGCAGCUUUGCAGGAAUGCACUUUUAUCACGCAAUGUUAUGUAGUGUUUACAGGUGUUUCAUUUUGUGAAAGAAUAUAAGGAAGGGCCAUGUUUAGUGCAGCUGAAAGUCUAGUCCUGCCUCCUCUGUUUCUUGGCACACGUUUCCCAACUCCCACAAGGAUUAUACAGUCUGUAGCAGAUGUGCAAUUAACGAGAAGCAUGAAGGUAAAAUGUCAGAGGGCUAUGCAAGGUCAAGGACAUUACCUCGUCAUGUUAAUUUUUAUUUCAUAUCCUUUUACUGUUCUGCACUCAAAACUCAUGUAAGCUGAUUUAUUCUGCCUACAAAGAGGCAGCUAAUUAGUUAUACCUACACACUCCUCUACGUCUUUUUAUCUACCUGUUUAGAGGCACACACACUCUUUUUCUGUCUAUCGCUCUUGCUAUUAUUUAUAAUGUACCAGUAUAUGCUGUAAUGCUACAUGAAGGGGUUACAGUGCCAUAUGGGCAAUUUUUUUUUGUGAGGCCCAUACCUAGAGAUACAAUUUACUGCUGUCAGUCCUCUUUUACGAAACAUGUUUUUGCUGAGGUUAUCAUCAAAUCCACUUUACAAAUGUUUAUAAAAGGGAUGCACUGAAAUCCAAUUUUUAUUUUUCCGAUUGAAUACAUGGAUGUCGUGGAUUAAUUGAUUCAAAUACACUGUAAUAUGUGUAUGAAUGUCUUCAAAUUCUUCAUAUGGCAUUUCAUGAAAUGGACUUUUGAAGCACCAUAACCGCAUGCUGCCGCUCCGGGCUUAGCUCAGACCUAGAACGCUUGGUCCUCGCUCCUUAACCACUACCGUGCACUGUAUUGCUGUUGUACUAGGAUAGUUAAAACAGGCUUCAGUGUUAUAUAUCAUUUAUAUUUAAAAAAUAAAAUAAAAAUAGGUUUAGCAUUUCUUUAAUUUUAGGAGAUCAUGAUUUACAAGUCCUGGCCUGCCCAAGAAGAUAGGUGGGAGAUGCCAUAUUUGCAGCUGCAAUCUUUAAACCAGACUCUUUCCUCUUACUGAUACACCAGGACUACAUGGAGAGACUGAUCAAGUGUGAUUCUUUCUUCUCAGCAUCUCUCCUGGAAUAUCACCUAGAAAUUAAACUCUCACCAAUAAUAAACCGACUGGCACGUUUAGGGUCAUACAUUGCAUGGCGUGGCAUUAAACCUUUUAUUACAGUAAAACAAAGUCCCCGCUCCUUUUUUUUUUUUUUUGCACAAGACCCUUUGUGACUAAAAAAAUUCUACUGAAGAAUUAGUAGUUCACGUAAUAAGAACCCUAAUUAGAUAAUUUAGAGAGUCUACCAAGGAAGCCACCCUUUUAUUUCCAGAUAUUUUUUAUUAUUAUAUGAAAUGUUGUAAAACCUUAAUGGAUAAAUAAGAGAGGGAAAAAGUGACUGCCAUUCUUGUUAUAAAGACUUGAGUACACACUAUCUAAAAAUGAAACCAUAAAACUAACCGUUUCAAUCAUAGCAUACUAAUCCAGUCAAAGGGAUUUCAAGUGGUCAUAGCACCUGGAGUCCGUAUGUGCCGCAUUUCACGAUGAAACACUGCACAUGGAGAGCUUUACCCUAUUGCUGUCGGAGGUAUAACACCAUCUUUGUCAGCUUCAAUAGCGGAUAAAAAGUGUUAGACUGGGUUACAAUGACCAAACACAGUUUCUUUAAGUAACCCUUUAAAUGGAUAUUAUAAGCACCAAAACAACUUCUUAGCUUAACCCCUUAAGGACACAUGCCAUGUCUGACAUGUCAUGAUUCCAUUUUAUUCCAGAAGCUUGGUCCUUAAGGGGUUAAAGAAGUUCUGAUGUAUUGAUCAUGCUGCUGCAGUCUUCCGCUCCAUUCUCUGCCAUUUAGGAGUAGAAUAACUUUUAGAAGUUUUUAUCCCCUGCUCUGUUAAUUGAAUUUUAAUCAUGUACAGGAGGCUCUAGCAGGCGAACAACAGAUCAGAAUAUCAGAUCUUCUAAAUUAAACACUUUGUGCAAUAAGGGUAGCUAAAAACUUACUCUUUCAGAAGGUUUGUAGGCAGGGUGUGAUAGCCUCAGCCAUGGGAGUUGUGGCUAUGGCUGCGUAAACAGUGAGAAAGCAAUUUAACUCUUAAUUGGUAGAGAAUUGAACAGUGAGACUGCAGGGGUAUGAUCUAUACCCCAAAACAUCUUCAUUAAGCUAAAGUUGUAUGUUAACCCAUUACGCUCGAUUAUGGGUGCCAUUUUCAGAUCUUAUUGUAUUCCCUCUUUGUGUUAUGUACAGUAAAGUCUGUGUUUUGCACUUCUUUAAGUUACACUAAGACACUGUCUCCCAUAUUGUGGGGAUGGUUAGACUUGACCAGUUUCUGGGAAGACCUAAUUUUAAACUUGGAUUACAUGUUUACUGGAUUCUGUCAAUGAAAUCAUGUCUUGCUUCAUUGAUAGAAUUCUGGGUUCAGAUCAGUAUUUUAUAUAGAAACACUAGUUGUGUACUCAACAUGUUACUUUCCCUAAUAUCAUCAGGUACAGGGAAACAAGUGCUAGUAAAGGUGCACAUAUGCAUAUUCACUGUGAGCACACAUGAACAUAUCAAUGCAGGCCACGUGAUCUAAAUUGAGAUGCUCAUCACUCCAUUGGAUUGAGCACAGCUCUUCAUAGUAAAUCCAGUGGUUCUGAGACUGAACCGUAUCACUACAUGUAGAAUGGAAGCCAAGGAUGGUGCAUCAUAAAAAAGGACAGAUCAAGGGAUUGUUUAGCCCCUUUCUUAGUACCCAAAAUGGCAGCCUGUAAUAUUGAACAUGAAUCCAAAUUAUAUUUUGAUUAAUAUGCCCAUGAAAAUGUAUAUUUAGGGUCAACAUUUCCUUUCAUGUUCAGACCUUCCAAUAAAGAUACUUAUUUCACUCUAGGAUGUUAAAGCAAACUCAAAGUAAGUUAUAACCUCAACAGUUUAUACAUUUAUUUCCUAUAAUAAAUACAUUCACUCACUCACUCUGCUGACAGAAACAUUAUUUUUAAAGAUGUAGUUACGAACAAAUUCUCCAGCAAUUUACAGUAAAUCUUAGAUAAUGACAUGACAGAAAGCAGGUGCUAUCUUAAAAAGAAACUAAAUACAUUCUUAAAUAUUGUUGGAUACUUUUAAAUAUUGUAUAGCCAUGAUAUAGGUGAAAGCUAGCCAUUUUAUCACAUACAGAGCAAAUGGCUUUAACUACAAAAAUGCUAGUGGAAUAUGAUUUACAUUAUGUGGACCCCACUGAUCACAUUGACAGGGUCUCAAAUAUAUAUAUCCGCCUAUUCUGUUUUGAUUAUAUUUAAUCUAUCUUUGACAAGUCAGACACUCUGAUCCCUAUUAUCUGAAUUCAGGUUUUGUUAAAAAGCAUUGGAAAGGGAUUAUGGGUAAUUUUGCACAUACAUCUUUUGAUGUAUUGUGUGGAUGCAUUGAGGGAGUCUGUGAUGACUGAGCCUGGAAAAAGUUCUGCCUGACACUUGGUUUUAUUUUAUUCUGUUUAUUGCCUUAUAUGGCUUAUAUUAACUGUACAUUGCGAGGACACCAAACUUGGUAAAGGAGUGUGAGAAUUGUGUCUGUACAGUGUUAUACCCCACUCUGUGAAGCAGACCCUCUGAAAGCCAGACAUUGCACAGGAUUCUCUGAGUAAAAUAGCGUGUGCAUUAUGUGGGAAAUGAUGGUCACAUGGAGAGCUGCCUUCACCUGUGGUUAUGAAUGUACGAAUACUGUGAAACUUAGCAAGAAAUUACUCCAUUAUGUAUUAAAUUUCCAGCCCCACCCCCAGCGCCAGGCAACCAUCCCCCCCCCCCCCUCGUCUUCUGAAUGGGGCCCAUCUCUAUUAUUUCACAUGGCUGCACACAUUGACAAAAGGUCAGAGGUCGUGCCUGAGUGUACACAGGCCAUGCUGAGAAGCACAGGCCAGAUCCCCCUUCCAUGCCCCCCUCUUUACAUAAUGUGGACCUGGGCUGUUUAACCCAUUGUAUCAGCCAUGUUGCUUUAGACACAGAAAGUUCAUCAAUAUUUCACUGUCCUGAUAGGUGGUACAGCAUUAAACCUUUAUUUUUAUGCAGUGAAAGAAGAAAGGACAUGUCAGUGUUGGUAGACCAUAUUUAUUAAGGCAGGCAUCCCAAACAUGUAACCCUCUUCCAUUUAAUUUACAACAUUUAAUGCAGUUUUGGCAUGGUUAUGGUGAGAGUAUUUUGGCAAUGUGUAUGUUCUGAAACAGCUCUGGGUCUUUCUGAUUGCUAAAUGGCAGGACUUUGGGGAUUAUUUGAUCCCCAGUCUUGGAACUUUGGCCAUUACAUCUUUACCAUUUUUAUUAUUAUUAUUAUUAUUGGCAUUUAUAUAGGGCCAACAAAUUCCGUAGCGCUUUACAAUAUUAUAGGAGGGGGAGAUAUAACUAUAAAUGAGACAAUUACAAAAACUUACAGGAACAAUAGGAUGAAGAAGAGCCUGCUAAAACGAGGUGGUGGGGUUUAAAACACAAUAGGACAGGAGAUAGCAAUCAAAGAAGGUGGGAGUGAGGCAGGAGGAGAAAGUAAAGUGCUGCCCUUUAGGAGAGAGAGCAAGAGACAGGUAUGUGAGGUAGAGGUUAGUCUGGGAGGCCAUAAGCUUUCCUGAAGAGAUGUGAUUUAAGGCACUUUUUUAACAAUUGAAGACUAGGGGAGUGUCAGAUGGUGGUAGGCAGGCUAUUUCAAAGGAAGGGAGCCGCCCGCAAGAAUUCCUACAAGCGUGAGCUGGCCUUAUGGGUGCGAGCAGCAGACAGGAGAUGGUCAUGGACAGAGCGGAGAGACCGUGAAGGGGCAAACUUAUGGAUCAGUGAAGAGAUAUAGGAGGGGCUAGAAUCGUUCAAUUCUUUAUAGGUAUGGAUUAGUACUAUGACCACAGUGCCGAGGUACACAGGAAUUAGUGGUCUCUGCUUGGGAUUGGGUCUUGGGGAGAUCCCCCUUAAAGAGGUAUUUACUUUUAUCCCUCAAUUAGCCCAAUGACGUAUGUCUUUCCUCUACUUACCUGUUUUUUUCUAUUCUUUAGCUUUGAUUUAAUGUAUGAAUUGACUUCUAUAGGAUACAGGAAACCAAUGUAAGGACUGAAAGAGGGGUGAGGUGUGAGAAGAGCGACUGGAGAGGAAAAUCAGUUUGGCAGCAGCACUCAUUACAGACUGUAGCGGGGUAAUGCGGUUUCUGGGAAGACCAAUUAGGAGAGGGUUAUAAUAAUCCAUGCAAGAGAUUACUAGAGUAUGGACAAACUCCUUAGUAGUAUCUUGCUUAGAAAGGGGCGGAUGCGGGCUAUGUUUUUAAGGUUGUAUUGACAGGAUUUGGUGACAGACUGGAUGUGAGGCUCAAAGGUGAGGCCAGAGUCAAGUAUAAAGCCAAGACAGCGCGUUUGCAAGGAUGGGCUAAUGUGUGUACCACCAACUUGAAAGGAGAGCGAAAGAGGAGGACCAGUAUUAGGAGGAGGGAAGACAAGGAGCUCAGUUUUAGAGAGAUUGAGUUUCAGAAAGCAGGUGGAUAUCCAGUCAGAGAUGGAACAAAUUUUGAGAACUCACUCAUUCAAAUAAGGGAUCACAUCUUGAGUUUCCAGAUAAUGGUGAUUACAUGACACCUCUCAAAACAUUUUAAAUUGAACAUAGAUUUUAUAUACUUUGUGUUUUCAAAUGUGUGUAUAAUUAAGAAAAAAAAAAGUGUUUUCUAUCUUUAAAUGGACACUAUACACACUUACACCACUUAAUCUCAAUGAAGUAGUCUGGGUGCAGUGCCCCUGGUGUUGGUGCCGUGCAAUGUAAAACACUGUCGUUUAGUAGAUAUGGUAAUGUUUACAUUGCAGGAGAAGUGAGCAGCUGCAUCGAGUGAGUCAUGGCACUGGCAAAUUAAUAGAAUUAAAAUCCUUUUUAUUUUUAAAAAUGUUUAAUUGGGAGAGGGCCUGAAUCUAAACAGUAAGAAGAAAACUAUAGCAUUAUGUGUUUUUAUUCCUAAUGCUAUAGUGUUCCUUUAAAUCUAAGUUAUAUAGGAAUCAGUGUAUAUGAGGGCUUGACAAAUCCUUGGUGCUGGAUUUCUUUGAUGACGCUGAAAUGAGACGUGACUGAGAGAUUUGGACCCCUGAAGCUGUCUCUGCUGUGGUAGAAACAGCUCACUGCCCACUUUAGAGUGUGCUCCCCACUGCCAAAAUAAGUCAACAGCAAGGGGAGGGAGAAUUAAAUCUAUUACAAGUAUGUGAGUUUGUCAUAGUCAGAAUAACUGAGAAAAGAAAAAAAUCUUAUAUGUAAUUCUUUCAAAACAUGCUACACCUACAGUCCAGUCUGCCAAACACACUCAGUAUAGAUGUUGCUACUCCUACAAAUUUUUGUGAAGCUGCUGAAUUCACCUUUAGAUAAUUUUGUAACAUCUUCCUAAGAUAACAUUUCCAAUAUUACACAGGUUUUAGCAGUAUAUAUAAUAAUUUCCAGAUUGUAUCCCUUUAAUUGCCUAAAAUAAUCCCGGAUUGCUGUUUGUUCUGCUGUUCCCUUAGUAAUUUGAGAUUAUAGUUCUUGUUCUGACUCCUGUUGCAGCCAGUAUUAAUUCUAUGCCUCUAGCUUCCAAGUUGGAAUGUAGACAAAAACUUUGCACCUUAACACCCUGAUAUGCUGAGCCAUUCCAUUAUUAGUAAGAGAUCACCUUUGAUGGCAAUCUAUUUUAAGGUAAAUUGCUGUCAUUAUGCUUUCUGCCUGUUGGACAGGCAGGCAUCUAAUAGCAUUUCCUUUCUCCAACAUGUUUGUCAUGGAGUAUAUGGUCACUUGUUUGGAAUUCAAUGCCUCAUUCCCUCAAGUAUGUCUGUGCUUCUUCUUUAGUCUAGUUUUGUGCUGGCCAUGGCUACGUUUUCCUCUUCUUCAGCAUCUGAUUUUUGUGCUUCAUGUCAGAUGUCAUGGUGUAUCAUUGGUCCGCACAUUUCACUUUGUACAAGAUCCACUGCUAUUUGGAAGUGGAAUACUUGUAGUCUUAAAGUCGGCAGAACCAAUAGGCGAAGAAGGCCUUCACCUAUUGAUUGUAAAACAAGCUUACAAUCUAAAAGCUGACUAGCAUUUAUCUCACCAGAGUUUUAUACAAAAAAAUAAAAAAGAUAAGUUGAGCCUGGGUGCCUUGCACCCUGUGUAACAUUGUUACAGACCCUGGACAACCAUAAAUUUAUUGACAAUGCCAGUGGUUUCUUAUACAUUUGUACUGUCUCCUGUUGCGAUAAUAUUACGAUAUAUAUAUAGUAUAUUCUUUUCUUUUUUUUGAAUCUUUAUUUAUGAAUUUAGUGACAUAAAAAUGUAAAUAUACAAUAUGAUAAAUUGCAUUCAUAAUCAUAUAAGUGGAAUAAAUCAAAACAGGUGUAACAAUUCACGAAACAUAAUCUCAGAGAAGGUAUUACGAGUUGUUGAUUAGUUGGACAUUUCUGUCGGACUACACUGAUUAUGUAGAAGUGACAGGUUAAGAGAACAUCCAAUUAUGACAACAAUAAUAAACUCUUUUAAUGGACUGGCUAGUUAUUUAUCAAAAACCAGAAUGGUGAAUACAAACUGUACUCAUUUAAACCAAUAUAUAGCAGGUAGAUGCCAUUUCAGUGACUUCAUCUUAGAUAUUUGAGUGAAUUGAUUUGAGAUAUAACUGGGGGGAUUUAGUAUGGUGGGAUAACACAGGGAGAGGCCAACUAGGAACAUUAAAGGACCACUAUAGUGCCAGGAAAACAUACUCGUUUUCCUGGCACUAUAGUGCCCUGAGGGUGCCCCCACCCUCAGGGUCUCUCUCCCGCCAGGCUGGAUGGAGAGGACGGGGUUAAACUUACCUCUUUCUCCAGCGACGGGUGGGGAGCUCUCCUCCUCUUCGGCUGAAUGCGCAUGCGCAGCAGGAGCUGCGCGCGCAUUCAGCCAGUCUAUAGGAAAGCAUUCACAAUGCUUUCCUAUGGACGCUUGCGUCUUCUCACUGUGAUUUUCAGUGUUAACCCUAGCUGGACCUGGCACCCAGACCACUUCAUUAAGCUGAAGUGGUCUGGGUGCCUAUAGUGGUCCUUUAACCUUUUGCAAGUUCACUGUAGGUGGGAAAGGCUUAAGUGGAGGGAGAGUAUAAUGGAGUAGGGUACAUAAGGUGACAUCCCAUGAUGGAGGAACAAAGAGAAGAUGAAAGACAGAGUAGAGAAAGAAAACAUGGGCUAUCAAGAAUGGAUUAUUGGAAUUAUGGGAUGAUGUUUUUUUUUAAAUCCCAUUUUGCAAGUCUCUUCAUGAUUUCUGAGUUUCAGACUCUUCAUUGUCAGUGCCACAGGGGAGUACACUUAUUUGCAAUGUUUGUUACGGUUUUAGAUUACUCAUUGUCUAUGGAAAGUUUAUCUAAGUACUUAUGGACAAUUCGUUUUUUCUAGGAUUUUCACCCUUUUUUUAAAUUGUGCAUUAUUUUUCUUGGAUUACACUGGGAGUCCGUUGUUAGCCUAAUGUGUCAGUGCCAGAAGAUUUGGAACACAUGAUGCAUUUUUUCAGGCAUCAUGUGACUAUCACCAAUGCGGCUCUCUAGCUAUUUAUUUCUGGUGCGAUGCUCUUCCCAUCAGCUAGGAAGACUUCAUUCUUUGAAUAAUAAUUUAUUACUUGGUAUAGUGACUUUGGUGCAUUGAAUCUACUUUGUUUUUCUCUUUCUCUUAACAAGGUGAAAACAUUGCAGUUUCAGAGCAGUGUCAGUGUUUACAUUUGGCCAAAAACACGGUUGUCGUGGCAGUGAGACAGGUAGCCAACUGAUACACUUCUUUCUUUAAGACCUUUGAUUUUCAAAGGACAGUGUGUUGGGAACAGAUGUAAUGAGGUUCUUUUUCAGCGCUGCCUGCAAGGAGAAGCCUUGGUCUUGCUACCUCCUUGCUUCCCUACAUUGAUAGUUUUUUUUUUUGUUUUUUUUUUUUUAAAUAUUCCCUCCCCUUCCCAGCUCAUAGCUAUCAAAUUAUUAUCUAUGAGAAGCACUGGGUUGGUUCACAAGGUGGCAUAGACAGUUACUGGAUGACAUAGACAUGUUAUGUUACCAUUAUGUUUAUACUUUAUUUGCAGGAUAACAAGGUUGUUUCGAGUGUCCCUCUAAAAAUUUUGCAGGAAGAGUGGAACAUUUGAAAUAAACAAGUUAUUUAAAAUAUCAGGAAAUAUAACCUGCUGUAGGUCACCUCUAGAUAGUAAGCUUAUUUGAGCCAGGUCCUCAUGAACCUAUUGUUCCUGUAACAUUUUGUAUUUGUCUUAUUUAUUGUCAAUUUCCGCCCUUUAAUAUUGUAAAGCGCAGCGGAAUAAGUUGGUGUUCUAUAAAUGCCAAUAAUAAUAGUUAAUUAGUUCCUGCUGUGCUUGCCCUUUCACAAUGUCAUAUGGGGUGAAUACUCUAUUUAUAAACUAUUUAUUUUUGUGAAAGAAAACUAAAUAAAUAAAAAGUAAAGAAGAAAUGUUGUAUUAAUGAGUUUGACCCAAAGCCAGCCUUGGUUUUAACAUUCAUUCAGUCAAUUUCUAGUAGUGAACGUGUGUGCAUUGGUCUGUCACAUGUUGUCUGCCACAAUUAGACUUGUGUAAAUAACAAUGAAAUAUCUCAGACUCUGCCCCAUACAAGGCCUCAGUGUGUUUGCACACACAAAGCAGAGACAAAGGAAACAUCUUUUGCAGUACUACAUAAUUUACUUUCCAACAGGCACAUCAGGAAAUAGCAGAGAUGUCAAAGAGCAAUUUUACCCUCUCUCCCUAUUCAAAUUAGAGCAGUCCUGUGGCAGGUGCUCCACAGGAUUUCUUGCUGGCCCUCCUAUGAUAGUUCUUUUGUUUUAUUUGUUGUGGCUGUCAUAGUAUCAUAUGUCAUAUCAUCACAGGUAAUUCCCGUCUUUGAAAAUCUCGAACAAACAAUUGGUGCUACAGUUAUACAGAAUGAUGUGAUUUAAUUUGCAGUGGAAAAUGUAUUACUUUAUAAAGAUCUAACAAUCUGGAGUUCUAAAAAAAACAACACACCAAAAACAUGAAAAUAUUUGGUUAUAUAUAUAUACAUACAUACAUACAUACUCAUUCUCUCUCUCUCCUACCUGGGUGCAAGAUUUUAGCAGUAAUAGCAUACACUGAGAGGCCCAACAAAGAUGCUGGAAUUAUAUAUUGAAAUAUCUGCACAGAAUAUGGGCUGGACCUGCCACAGUCCAUAUGGGAGAUACCACAAAGGAUAGCUGAGAAUGACAGGGCUAAGAUCCUCUGGAGAAAUAAGUAACCUGCAGUUGCAUACCAUGUGUGGCCAUUGGUUCAGAUGGAAGCAAGCAGAGGCGGUAGCAUCAGAUCCCCUGCUGGUAGUAAAAGUGCUUUAGCUAAUUCUGAUCAGCAUGACUUCUCAGACUCCCUUUGUAAUAAUAUGUGACAUAGGAGGAGAAAAUAACUCGCAUACCUACCUUCCACACAUCCCGGCAUUCACAUACACACAGGUACUUCAUGGUGAAGAUACAUUGCUUAAAAAUGUUUUUGAGGACAAGACAAUGAGACAGCUGUUAGUGGAGGAAAUUGUCUGGUAUAUAAACAAUCACUAUAUCUGCAACAUGCAGCUGAGUGGAGAGAUUUAAUAAUGGUUUAUUUCAGAAUGGGAAAUGACAUGAAAGAAAAUCACUUUUGGAUUUUAGAUACAAUAUACUAGCAUACAUUUGCACACACUAUAGAAGUGAAGUUUAAAGGAACACAACAGCUUAUGGUACCUGUAGUAACCUGGCACCAUGCCACUAUCACUCACCAAACCAUUUUAGUACGAUUUGACAACUUACCUGAGUGCCUCCAGGUCUUCCAUCCUAAUAUGGCUUGACUACUUACUGUGGGAAGGUGACAGGGCACUCAUGUCACCAUAACAACUACAGUUGGCUGCUGUGAUUAUGGUGCUUGGAGUAUUCCUUUAAGCAAUGACCAAAAUAUAGUGGGAUGCAAAAAUCAGCAUGGGGUAAGAUGAGAAAAUCUUUGUAUUACAGAUAGCAUGAAAUCAGAAUUUGUUUUAGAAAUAGCAUGCAAUACAUUUGUUUUACAGAUAGCAUACAAAUUAGAAUUUGUUUGUAUCUAUCCUAAUUUUAUUAUAAAGCACUUUGGAUAAUGUUGGCGCUUUCUAUAAUGAAAUGCAGUUGUCUGGAGUUUUAGUCUGUUUAAAGUACUUUGAGCAGUGAAAGAUACAAGAGCCCCCAAGGUUGGCUUCCUCAGAGACACCUCCAUCCUGAAUUCUGAUCAGUUUACUUUUAAACUGGCAUGUUACUUAAUAGUGUGAGAAGAAUUAAAAAUUAAUUUCAGAUUUUAGUUCAAACUAGGUAAAAUGACAAAAUUUCCAACUCAGCUAUGUUUCCAGACUAGUCAUGCCCACCUAAAAUUUGAACUUCACUCUGAAUUUACAAUUCUCAUUUAAGUGAAUAAUCCUGCUAACCUUACCAUGCAUCGUGGAGUAGUUCUUCAAGGGAUCCAGGCUGCCAGUAAUGAUGGAGAGAUGUUAUAACAAGGUCCACCUGAUAUGACAUUGGAGAUUAGAUUGUAACCCCAUAGGUGGCUGAAGAACAAGAAAUUGUGGUUUCUGUACUCUCUUCCAGCUUAUUGUCCUUUAUACAUCCCUGCACCUCCACCGAAAUAAGUCUGACAUGGGUAACACUGUUUUAAGAUGAUCUUGAGAUGUCUGAACUGUUUAAUAGUUUAUUAUCAAAAAUAUAAUGCUCAAUGGUACUUAGAAAAGGGAACAUUAAAUGAACUUACAUAAAUCAAUUAGCAAAGAAGUCCAUGCUUUUAGCUUUGAUCAUGGCAGUCUUGUAGGAAGUGGGUAGAACUGUAGUGAGUUUAUUGUCAAGUCAGUUGCUGAGUUUAUAGAUGGUUGGGUCUGGUAAUGUAUGCCUGCAAGCAAACUAAGAGGGAUAUGCUAAGGAUUUUGAGUGGCCCUAAGUUGACCUUGCCACCUCUCUUAGCUGCUGCCUCGCCUGCCCUGUGGGUGAUCCAGCUCUACCCAGCUGUUUAUCUCACUGUGGGCAGACAUCAUUAUAUGCUCAAUAAAUUAUGUAACUAGGACACUUUGAUGGAACCUGAGAAGUCCUGUCAGCUUCAGAUGAAUACGUGUGAAGAAUGGGUAUGACCAGUUAUGUAUUUUUUACUCCAAAUUCAUGCUGUUUCUAUUUCCCUUAGCAACUAAAUGAAGCCCUUGGCUAUAAUUUAAUGGUCAUGUAGCCAUUUCUGAAGAUAGUGACACCUUAUCAUCUUGCCCAUCUUCGCUCCGUAAAUGGAAUUCUAUAUUGGACAGCUCCUGUGCAUAUCCUUGUGUCACCCUUUGAGGAAGAAGACUCAGGCUGUCAUUUGUCAUUUACUUGUCACCUUGUUAUUCUGUGGUAACAGACCUGUGACCGGUCUUGAAUAUCACGUUGUUUUUGUCUGUGUCUGUUUCACAUCGCAUAAUGAGGGCGAGAACAGCUUUGGCCAAAUGUUCUCGUGCCCUGGCAGCAGUGUCAUUGUAUGGCAUGGGACAAUUUGUGCUCAUGAAUUUUAGGGCAUUACAGUCAGACUCCACGUGCCAAGCUCAUUGUGUGACAGAAACAUGCUCUGCUUUAGCCAAUGCCAACCCCCUUUGUUGUGUUAUCUGGUUUCCUCUGUUGUAGUUAUCUGGUCACUUCAACAUUUACGGAACCUGAGAACCAAAACAUGCCACUUUAAUGUCAGAAAAGAAACAUCUCUGGUGUAAUAUGUGUGAUUGGGAGGGGGGGUUCUAUCCAGAUUUCAUAUAGCCAGCAACCUAUUGCAGUGAGACAUACCAUUUUUAUACUUAAUUUUAAUUUCAUUGAGUAUUAGCUUUAUUAUUAUUAUUAUUAUUAUUUUCUGACUGGUAGGUUUUAACCUUUAGAUACUAGUUUAAUGUUUUCAGCUACGAAGCAAGUCUAAUGGUUUUAGAAAUAUUUAGUAUAGAUUGUUAUUGAGUUAGUUAGGUAUAUGUUGGAAUGAUAUAGUUUAAAAAUGCAGAGCAUCUUUUGAAUGAUACUCAUAAAUGCCCAUAACUUAAAUAGAUACUCAUAAAUGCCCAUAACUUAAAUAAAUAGAUACCCGUAUUUAUCAGCGUAUAACACGCACCUUUUCUCCCUGAAAAUAGGGGAGAAAUUGUGGGUGCGUGUUAUACGCCGGCCCUUUAAAUACUGCAGCCGCCUGAGCGCUCUGUCAAGAGCGCUCAGGCGGCUGCAGUUGGUACUCACCUCCCCUGUAGCGUGGCCGAGCCGCUCUGCUGUCCGCGGUGGCCGGCCGGAGUGAUAGGAAGGUGCACGCUCAGUGUGCCGCGCGGAACAGGAGUUUCUGUUUCCUGUACCCGGUCGGACUGACAGGAAGGUGCACACUGAGCGUGCACCUUCCUAUCACUCCGGCCGGCCACCGCGGACAGCAGAGCGGCUCGGCCACGCUACAGGGGAGGGGGUAAGAAGGGGUGAAUAGAGGGGAGGGGGGUAAGAAGGGGAAGGGGGGAGGGGAAUAAGAGAGGGGAGGGAGUAAGAAGGAGGGAGUGGGGAAUAAGAGAGGGGGGAGGGAGUAAGAAGAGGGGAGGGGGGUAAGAGAGGGGAGUAAGAAAGGGGGAGGGGGUAAGAAGAGGGGGAGUAAGAAGGGGUAAGAAGGGUAGGGGGAGUAAGAAGAAGGGGAGGGGGGAGUAAGAAAGGGGGGUAAGAAGAGAGGGAGGGGGAGUAAGAAGGGGGUAAGAGGGGGAAGGGGAAAAGAAGUUCUUUAUUUGAAAUUUAAAGGACCACUCUAGGCACCCAGACCACUUCAGCUUUAUGAAGUGGUCUGGGUGCCAGGUCCCUCUAGGAUUAACCCUUUUUUUUUUUAUAAACAUAGCAGUUUCAGAGAAACUGCUAUGUUUAUACUGAGGGUUAAUCCAGCCUCCAGAGCCUCUAGUGGCUGUCUCAUUGACAGCCGCUAGAGGCGCUUGCGUGCUUCUCACUGUGAAAAUCACAGUGAGAGCACGCAAGCGUCCAUAGGAAAGCAUUGUAAAUGCUUUCCUAUGCGACCGGCUGAAUGCGCGCACGGCUCCUGCCGAUGACGUCGCGAGCAAGGAGGAGAGGAGGAGUACAGAUCCCCGCCCGGCGCUGGAGAAAGGUAAGUGUUUAAACCCUUCCUCUCUCCAGAGCCCGGCGGAAGGGGGUCCCUGAGGGUGGGGGCACCCUCAGGGCACUAUAGUGCCAGGAAAACGAGUAUGUUUUUUUCCUUUAAGUUUAUACGCCGAUAAAUACAGUACUUAUAAAUGCCAUAACCAAGAGUGUAGGUUUUUUUUACAAAAUAGUGCCUUUUACAACAGUAGGGAUUAUGGGUACAAAGUUUUCCACUGCUAAUAUUUUGGAGCCUUCAUAUUUUGUGUCUUAUUUUACCCUGUUAUUUGCCAGACAUUUUUUUCAUUCUACAGCAUUUUUUCAUUUUUUUCGGUGGGUUCAGGGAUAUGAGAUCACAACUCUAUCCACAUUGAAAUACGUUUGAGAGGAAAAAAGGCCAUUCUUUUCUACUCUACUUUUCUACUCCGGCCAAAUAUUUACAUUGCUCCCCUGAUUAUCUCUCAGCAGAUGUUAAUGGGGACUUUUUGUUAUGGUGAUCUGUAACUACCAUGAUUGCCAACGAGCCCAUUUUAACUUUAAUGAGCAUGCAUCCCAUCAUAGAUUACCAGUUAUUAAUUACACUGCUAAUCUUUGAUUAUUCUGCCCUGUUGAAUGGCACAUAUUAGACUGGUGCAGUUCUAGCAUACCAUAAAUAAUUACUAUGUGCCACCUCUUCUGAAAGGCUAUUCCAUGCUUGCAGUAUUUAUUAUCACCUGUUUUAUAUGUAGUGAAGAAUUGUGUUUGCGUUGCUGCGAGGUGCUGGCCCCAGGCCAAAAAUAACAGCUGAGAGAGGCGCCGAAGCAUGUUUAAAUACGCAGACAGGACCCGUGUGAGAAAGAGCGUCCAGCCGGAUUUGAAACACAGAGUGCAAACAGAAACAUGGAGUGCAAACAAAACAUCCUGCCUACUCCCCUCAGUGCCACCACAAUCACUGCAUCCCUACUGUGUGUCACGGUGACACAGGCAGGGCCGUCUUUAAUAUGGAUUGGACCCAUGGCAAACAUUUGCUUGGGCCCCCUGAUCCCGGUCGUCCCCUCCCUGGCAUGCAAUCAUGCCCCCCACCCCAACGCAGAGGCGGACGUAAAGUAGAGAGGGCUCUGGUGCGUGAAUUAAUUUGGGCAAGAGGGGGCAAAAGGUAGAUCCCCAUCUGUCAUGCAACUCCAACAAUGCUUUGACAGCUGGGGCGCUACCAUUUUCCUAUGCAUGCAUGGUUAUAUUUAGCACUGAGCAGUAUUUGUGUGUUUGAGUGUAAGCAUGUUUUUGUAUGGAGUAUGUUUGUGUGAAUGUAGGGGUGUGUUUGUAUGUGGAGAUGGCAUUUAAAUGCAAGUAUGCAUUUAUGUGUAGUGUUGGUUUAUGAAUACACUGGUGUGUUUAUAUAUAAUUUUGUUGUUUAAAAAAAGAGGUGUGUUUAUAUGUAGUGUUGAAGUUUGAAUGCAGGUGUGUAUUUGCGUGUAGUGUUGAAUGCUGAGAUGUAUGCACAAAUACACAUGCACUGUCACAAACACACACUGUGAUACACAUACACACACAGAAACACUUGCAGAUACACAGAUAUACACAAUCAUACAGAUGCAGCUAUACAGACACAUUUACACACACUGACACACACACAUACAGACACACAAUGGCACACAUGCACACACACGCAGAUACACUGACAACAUACAGAUACACAGACACACACAAUGACAACAUACAGACACACAGAUACAUAACCUGACAAAUGCAGAUACAAACACUGACACACAUGCAGAUACACACAUUGGCUACAUACAGAUACAUGCACAGGUAUACACACUGGCACACACACACAGAUACAUACUGACAACAUACAGAUACACACUGACACACACACACAGACACUGUGAAAGACAUACUGACACUGUGACAGACAUACAAACUGACACACAGACAGACAUACAAACUGACACACAGAUAGACACUCUUCAGUUUCCUACCUUUGAAAGAGGCUUCCUUCCCUGGGGUCCAGUGUGCUGGCUGGGGUAGUUGGGAGUUGGGGGUCUGGCUCUCCUUGCUCCCCCUCCUCACUGGAUGCUGGCUCAGCAGCCUCCCGCGCGGCCCGAUAUCUUUGAGGUGGGAGGAAGUGAUUCGCGGACGUCACUUCCUCCCAUGCAGCCGUUAAGCAAGGGGCCCGGUCGCGCUGUUAAAGGGCCACAGCGCCGACCGGACCCCUGCUGGAACAUGCUCACUGGGUGGCCCUAAAGGUAUGGGCCACCUGGGGGGGCCCCUUUGUGUGCGGGCCCCGGUGCAGCCGCAAUACUAGCACCGCGGGCCCAUUAGGUAGGGAAAUAUUUAAAAAUAAUAAUUUUUUAUUGCAGGCGACGGGGCCCACGGGGCAGCUGCUUUGGGCCCCCCAUGAGUAACUGGGCCCAGGGCAGCUGCCCCGUUUGCCCCUCCUUAAAGACGGCCCUGGACACAGGCAAAAGCUGCCAUUAUCACUUUUGAUGCUGUUGCAUCUCCAGAAUGAGCAGGCAUUAAGAUGCUAGAGUAGGACCUGCCAAGAAUGGGGUACAUUGACGUUGUGGAAGACUUAUGCAAUGCAUGAUCAUAUACUGUAACUAAACCCCCAUUAUUUUCGCCUAGAUUAGGUGUUUCAAAAAAUAAAUUAAAAAAAUUACAUUCUGUGAGCUUUGAUAUUGCUGUUUAGUGAAUGAGUGAGUGCGCUGGAUCUUGUAUGUUAUUUAUUUCUUUCCAUAUGGAAAUCUUCUGCCUGCAUGGAAAUAAGGUCCCUGGUCCCCUGCUGUUACAAAACUACAAUUCUAUUAAUUAUUAUUAUUAUGAUAUUUAUAUAGCGCCAUCAAAUUCCGCAGCACCUUACAAUGGGUGGACGAACAGACAUGUUGUUGUAACCAGACAAGUUGGACACACAGGAACAGAGGGGUUGAGGGCCCUGCUCAAUGAGCUUACAUGCUAGAGGGAGUGGGGUAAAAUGACACAAAAAGGUAAGGAUAGUAUUAGACUAAUGACAGUUGCAAGAGAGGAAUCAGUCAGGAGCUAUUAACAGUUUAAUGGAUACGCUUUUAUGAAGAAAUGGGUUUUUAACAAUUUUUUGAAGGAGUGGAGACUGCGUGAGCAUCUAACGGAGGAGGGAAGCGAGUUCCACAGGAACGGUGCAGCCCUCGAGAAAUCUUGAAGGCGAGCAUCGGAGGUGGGAGUACAGACAGAAGAUAGACGUAAGUCUUCAGCAGAUCGUAAGGGCCUAGACGGGACAUACUUGUGUAUAAGGGAGGGUAGAUAGGUGGGAGCAGCAUUAUGUAGCGAUUUGAAAGCAAGAACCAGAAUUUUAAAUUGAGCUCUAUAUUUUAUAGGAAGCCAAUGUAGGGACUGACGGAAGGGUGAGGCAUGGGGGUUGCGUGCGGACAGGAAGAUGAGCCUUGCUGCCACAUUCAUUAUGGACUGUAACGGCGCAAGUUGGGAGCACGUAAGACCACUGAGAAGCGUAUUAUUAUUAAUGCUUAUCCAACCCCAAUAUGAUGAGGGGCACAGUGCAACUGGCAGCAGGGCUGUAUCUUCUGUGAGGCUUACAUGGCAUUUGCCUUGAGAGGCACUUUCAGGGGGGUUGCAAAAAACACUGCCCCCAAGCGCCCUGGCAGAUAUCAUGUCAGCCUCUUUCAUGGGGGGCUCUUCGAGGUGGGCGACUGCAAAUAUUAUGGGCGGGCGGCAAGGGAGCACAGUCAACUGAGCUCUUCCUGCUCUUCUCCCUCACGCGUCCACCGGUGAUGUCGGAGCCGGAAUAUGACGUCGGAGCCGAAAUAUGACGUCACUCCGGCUCCCAGCAUCACUAAGCUGAGCAGGAGGAUCAAAGCUCCCUCGCUGCCAUCAUUGACCAAACACCUGCCGGCCUGUCCAUCCACUGAGGAGCACAGGAACUUGCACAGCCGGCCAUCCAGCCCAGCACCUACACUGGAUCCCAGGGACAUAAGCCCCUCUGGACCAACAGCUAAAGAAUCCACUCCAGCUCUCCCAAAAGGUAUGUAGGCUGGGUGGAUUUUAAUUUUAAAAAACAACUAUUUGAGAGUUUGUGAGGCAAUGUAUGUGAGUGUGUGUCUGUCAGUCUAUGUCUGUGAAUGUGUUUCUGUCAAUGAAUGCAUGUAUCUGUUAAUGUACGUCUGUGAGUGUAUGCAUAUCUGAGAAGGUGUGCAUUUUAACUUUAACUGAGUUGUUGUGUCAGUUUCUGUCUGUCAGUCAAAGUGUGUUUUAGUCCUAAACAGGAAGGGGUGGAGCAAAUUUACAUUAGGUGGGGUGUCCGAGUUUCCACAUGCCUUGGGCAGCACGAAUCUAAAAUACACCACUGAUUGGCAGCUGUAAUCCAGACCACUGCAUUUACAUUAUUGGCCUCAUCCACAGCCCAGGAAUGGGAUCAGACCAAAAGGGUAUUAGGGGCAGCUCAUUCACUCAUUGUAGUCCAAGUAGUGACCACUUCAGUGAUUUGUGGCAGGAAUAUUUAUGUGCAGUGUUUCACUAUGAAACUCUGUACACACAAAGAUUUACCCCUUAGCUGCCAUAACUCUACCUCUGGCAGCACCCACAGCUAGCAUUAAACUAUAGUUCUGGGUUGGCUAAUGCCAAGUCAAUACAAUUUUCUUGCACAGAAAAUCAGUCAUUGGCUGAGCGGAGUCAAUUGAUGUUCUCUGCCAAUGAAUGGCAACCGCCAUGGCUUCUGUAACUCUGCAUAAGCCGAAUGUGUGUCACUGGACAACCCAGGGGAUAAUAGAGCCAGACUGGGACCCAGGUAAGGGGGCAAACCAUUGCUAACCUCUUUGACCCAUUACCAGGGAACUGGGCCAAGGUCCCCCUGGCAACAAAACCACUACAGCAGGCUGUAGUGGUUAUGUUUUGAGUAGCACUUUAACUUCAAAAACUGACUAAUUGCUGAGCGGCAUGGGUGGGGUUAUUACAAGCCACCCUUGCCAUGUGCCCUCAUCGCAUAGGGGUAAAGGCAAUGAAUGAGAGGACAUUCCUGCAGCCUCCUUGCUAUUUUAAAAUUAGGAGGAGGGAACUAUUACAGGUCCCCAACUCCCAAUAAACUAAGUAUCCCAUUGCAAAACACAUGAUUGAGGGGAGGAAGUGGUGGGUAGCCUGUCUGCCUGCCACUUCCAUUAUUAACCUCUCACCUCCCAGCAAGGCAAGUUGAGGGGCACGGAGAGUGCACUAUACCUGGUUCCACAAAUAUAAACAAAUAGCACUCCAUUGCAAAGUCAAACUGCCAUUAUUAAUUACUUCACUUCCAGAAUCAAGUAAAACUAUUUUUACUUUCAUGUACUUUGCAGAAUUAAUUUAUGUAAAUAAAGCCUCACUUGCAUAUAUAUGAAUAAUUAUUAGCCUGUAGAGGAGCAAAUUUUUCUGCCAGAAGCCACUAGUCAAUAAUUUAAUGGCUGCAUUUGUGCUGAAAAUGUAAGUUCACCUCAUGAUUUCAAACAGUAAAGGAAGCUUCAAAGGGUCAUAUCAUUCUUACAGUUUUAAAUAUCUUUUAUUUCAGUAAACUGUGGGAAUUAUGUUAAAAUAUAUUCUAUUUAUUUUUAUGUUGCCACUUUGUCUGUACUGCUAGUAAUGCCAUCAGGGCCCUUAAAAAUACAUAUAAGCAAAGUAUUUGACCAUUUUUAUUUAUCUAUUUUGUCACAUGUAUUGUAUGUGUGUAAUAUAAAGGACACUGUAUAUUGUUUAGAGCUUUUUCAUUUCCUAAAUAUUUUUAUAAAGGCUGAACCAGGGCUCCCAAUCAUCCCAAUUUCAAUAGGACAGACCUAAUGUCCUGAUGUUCUGUUUUGUUUCUCGGUGUCCUGCUUUUGGGGACACCAGGGAACUGUCCCUACAAACUAUAGCAGGAGCACAUCAUAUAGUUGCACUCAUGCUACGCUAAGGGCACAAGGGCCAUGCAGAAAGUGCAAAAACAGUGCUCUGUGCAUUAUCUGCCCUCAUUGGCUGGCCUGUAUGACUGAUAGGCAACCUAGUGUGCAUUCAUAUGCAUUUAGGUUGACACUAGGGUGGGUCUGUCCCCUUUGUUGCGGAACCAGUGAUGUGAUUCAGAUCACUGGCUUGGCCCCAGUUUGCCUAACUCAGGAUGUGCAGACCCACCCAUCAUGCCUACACAAACACACACUUCAUUCACUAUAAAAACACACACUCUGAAUUUACUGUACACAAACACACUCUGCAUUCACUACACACUCUGCACUCAUUAUACAUGCACUACAUCAACUACACACACUGAAUCUAAUACACACAAACACACACUCUGCAUUCAGUAUACACACACUACAUCCACUACACAAACACACACUCUGCUUCUAAUAUACACUACAUACAUUACACAAAGUUCAAUCUGUAUCUAUUAUACACACUGUGUUGCACACGCACUCUGCAUCAACUACACACAUUCUACAUCCACUAAACACACACUACAUUCAGUAUACACACUGCGGCACUGUGGGCGGACUCGGGGUGGCCCUAGCAUGCCCAUAGGGCAUGUGUAGAGUUGGGUGUAAUGCUGAAUGAAUCAGUGAAAAAUAAAAAAAUAUGUAAAUUUACAUAAAUUGAAUGUAUGUCUGACAAGUAGUCUGCAAGCAAAAUUGUGGUUUUGUAUUUUUGUGCUAGCUAUGCAUUCAUUGCUUGAAAUAAAUAUUAUGCUAAUAAUAUUUUCAGUCAAAGAGUGCUCAGUAGUGAAGAGGUUACACGUCCCCCAGCCACUAAUUACAACGAGGAAGCCUGUACCUUCCUUCUUGUAAUUAAUGCAAGUAAAUAUGUAUAAAAUAAUUGAAUGGGCAAAUUUUAUCCAAAAAGAAUGCUCAUGUCUAGUUGACACAGUGACCUGGUGGAGUACAUGGCUUAUGACUGUCGAUAGUGUGAAAUUAAGGGGAGAGGGUAUAAAUAUUGUGAUAAAUGUUUAUGAUCUAUGCAUUGGCUUGGUCAAGCCUCAGGUAGCCAAUAGUUUAAAUACAUUAGUAGUCAGAUGAAGCUGCAUUUUUAUGGUAACUUUGUUUACAUUCUCUUUUUCUCCUCUCCCCUGCAGUUUCCAACUGUGUAGUAGGCCCUUGGGGCAUGUGGAGCGAGUGCAACUCCCGCUGUGGGAUUGGGAGCAGGGAACGUGCACGGCAGGUGAUUGUGCCCCCUAGAAGUGGAGGAAACCCCUGUCCAGACCUUAGGCAGCGGCGUGGCUGCUAUGGAGAGGAUCCCUCUUGUCAUACUUCUAAAGGUUAUUAUGGAACUCUUAUUGAAUAUUUGGGAAAAAACAUUUUUGGAACUUUUUACUGAAAGUACUCAUAUUGUUGUUACUUACACUUCACAGAGGUGGCCAAGAUUUUACCAGACUCCUUUAAAAGGGAUUUCAGGGACCCCUGGAGAAGACAUCAUGCCAAAACACCAGAGAGAACCUCAAGGUACAAAUCUUCACUAAAACAAAGGGUGCAUAAUAUGAUCAAAUAGAUUUAUUAUGAUGACCCAAGAUCUCUUUUGCAGGCUGCUUUGUAAUUCUAUGAAGCAUACUAGUCUGCUUGUCUGUGAAUCUCACAAUAAUAUGUAGGAGUGACAAGUCUUCAACAUUUUACUUCUUCUAAAUAUGGCCAUCACCCAAAGUGAGCAGAAGUGGAAGUGUGAGGGGUCACUUGUCCUGUUCUAGAGUGAGUACUUUUAAUCGGGAACCCAUGUUCUGUAGCCACAGGAGAUGUCUGAGCAGCUCCACUUCCAAUCCUUUCAUCUGAUGGCCAGGGGAGGACUCUCCAACAGAGGAAAUCCUAACAAGCACUUUGAGUGGUAAUAUCAUCUGGCAGGAAAGAAAGAGCUUGUUUCUCCCUCCCAAAUUUGCACUUCGGUUCUGCUCCAGUUGUAAUCAUUCAAAUCUCCAUAUAUCGGUAAUUUGUCUGAUUUGGGUUAUUCACAGUUAAUUUACAAUCACAUUUCAUUAAUUAGUUGAAGCCUCCUUGCCCGAAUUUAAUACAUUCGGUCCAGAGUUCAGGUGUCUGCUAGCAUUUUGGUCAUACUGAAAUAAGGACCAAAUUCAAGCCCGUUCGGAGCUUGAUCUGUGAAAUACAGAUAUUGGUGAAUUUCAUCAACAGUUUCUGGAUUUUUUUAGUCCGAAUGGCCCUGUAUAGCAGCAAAUGAUUUUGCCCAUUCGGUAAGAGACGAUUCGGACUUCAGUGAAUAACCCUGUUAUUGUUUAGUAAAUUAACCAACAAAUAUAUGGCUGCAAUGUUAAAACGUUAUUAGAAUUCUGAUUUGAGACCAGCCUCUGAAAGCCAUUUAACAGCUCUGUAAAUUGCUGUGAAAGGUUCUGCUUAUAAAAUAUUCACAGGGACUGUUCUGCAUGAUGUAAAUGUAAAUCUCCAUAUUGUGUUCGUGCUGGUAAAUGCCACAGAACGGCAUGUUCUGUCAUCUGGCUGUGCCAGUGUGUGAGGUCACAGUACAGAUGGCAUUGUACCGUUCCUGACUUGCUAUUCUCAACUGACCCAAUCCUUCAUGUUUUGCUACACCUCCUCCGCAUGCAAAACAUAUUCCAUGCUCGCUGCCAAUAUCGCCUGCUGUGCUCCCCAGUGAGUGAGGAAAAAUGUGCUGCUAAUAAUCAGGGGGAAACAGCUGCCUCUUGUAUAAACACACACUGAUAAUGAACAUGUUACACUGCAUUCUGUGCAGUAUGACUGGAAUCUUCACAAUCAUCACAAACAUUGUCGUUCCAUUACAUUGCUUUGCACCGCACAUUUCAUUAGUGUACACACAGAAAAUGUAUUUCUUAUUUUUUUUUAGUAUAAUAAAAGUAGACAGUUUAGCAGACUCCAUUUUCCACAGGCACCAGUUCCAUAUCUCCUUAGUGCACUUAGCAUUUAACAGUCAGGGCCGGCUUUAGGGGUGUGCGAGCUGUGCGGCCGCACAGGGCACCAUGGCAACAGGGGCGCCGGGCGGCCGACACAGCUCGCACUCAGUCACUCACAGGCCAGCCCGAGUCAUGUGCAGAGCAAGUCAAGUGUAUAGUGCUGUGCACUUGACUUGCAAAUUAUGAAGAGAGCAGCGGCCGGGAGAGAGAGAGGAGGUCAGGAGCCCUGAGGAAGAGCAUGCUCCGCCUCCUCAGUCAUUCGCGGAAGGAUCCGCACAGUGAGUGUGAGGAGGAGGUCAGUGCUUUGGUAUCAAGGUCGGCAGACUGGGACACUGUUAGGGGGGUCCAGGGAGCAACAAGCUUCAAUGUGAGUCUGCUCAUUCUUGUUAUAACUAUUGCUUUUUUAAAAUUAAAUAUAUUGUUGUUUUUUUUAAGGGUGGCAGGUGUUUUUGUGUGGGGGGGGGUUUGCAGAAGGGGGAGCAAAGGUUUUCUAGCUGGGAUUUUGGGGAAGGGGUUUUGGUUUAGGGAGGAGCAGAGGUUUUAUAGAAGGGUUUAGGGGUUUUGUAAAAAAGGGGGGGUAGGGGUUUUGGUGUAGGGGAGAUGUUUUGUAGAAAAGGGGGCAGGCAUUUCUGGUGAAGUGGCAGGGGAAAGGAUUUUGUGGAGGGGGAGCAGGGGGUUUGUAGAGGGGGCAGGAGUUUAGUAUAGGGGGCAGGGGUUUAGUAUAAGGGGCAGGGGUUUAGUAUAAGGGGGCAGGGGUUUAGUAUAAGGGGGCAGGAGUUUAGUAUUAGGUGGGCAGGAGUUUAGUAUAAGGGGGGCAGGGGUUUAGUAUAAAGGGGGCAGGAGUUUAGUAUAAGGGGGCAAGGGUUUAGUAUAAGGGGAGCAGGGAUUUCUGGUGAAGUGGCAGGGGAGAGGAUUUGUGGAGGGGGCAUGGGUUUUGUUAAAGGGGGAGCAGGGGGUUUGUAGAGGGGGCAGGCGUUUAGUAUAAGGGGAGCAGGGGUUUAUGUAGAAGGGGAGCAGGGGUUUAUGUAGAAGGGGAGCAGGCGUUUAUGUUGAAGGGGAGCAGAGGUUUAUGUAGAAUGAGUGCAGGGCUUUUGUAGAGGGUGGCAGUGGUUUUGGUGGAGGGGGAAGGUUUUUAGUGAUAUGUGUACAUUGCUGUAUAGUAGAUAUAUAUAAUGAUUUCAUGUGUUUUGUUAAAGGGGAGAAGGAACCUUGUAGAAGGGUGGGCAGGGGUUUUAUUAAAGGGGGAGGAGGAGUUUUGUAGAAGGGGCAAGGGUUUUGUAAAAAGGGGGCAGGGGUUUUGUAGAAAGGGAGCAGGGGUUUUGUGGAAGGGUUUUGUAGUAGGAGGAACAGGGCUAUUGUAGAAGGGGCAGGGGUUCUGCUGAAGGGGGGGGCGCCACGUGUUGGGCUCACACAGGGCGCCUGAUCACCUAUGGCCGGCCCUGUUAACAGUGCAUGUCAUGCUCACACCCCUUGCCAUACUUCUAAUGCCACCUACCUCAUCCCACUACUGAUACUAUGGGGAGUCAUGUAUACAAAGUGUUAUGAUUUGAAAAUUGGUGCAAAGAUGCAAAGGUCUGAAGUCAUCAAUGGAAUGUUCUUGCUAGUUCCACUUAUUUCCAUGGUGAUUUCACCACUUUUAGUAAUUUUGACCACUUUUAAGAACACAACACUCAGCCAUUCAGGAAGAAAGAGGGAGGACUUCACUCAACAAAUUAGGAAUUUUCUUAUAAGCUGAAAAGGAAUGUUCUCCACACCAGAGAGGUGGCCAAGACUCAAAUAGCACAUGUAGCAUAGGCAACACAUUUUUUGCCAGAAGUCAUUAUAUUCCGAUAUUAAUAUAAGGAAUGGUGAAUGAAAACUAAAUUGCAAAAUUUAGACCAUAAUGUCCUUUUUUGUUUGCUAUUUGUCAGACCACAUUGGCCUAAAUUUUGCAACUUGACUUUUAAUGCACCACCAUUCAUUUAGUCAGUAAACCACUUUUGGAUUGCUGUUUUUUUAGCCACUUUUAUUCUAGUUCCCCUAUACUGUUGUUCAAAACACAUGUAAAGCUUUUCUGAAUGUGUUGCUUUGUCCUGAUGAUAUUGAUCAUCUAUUAAUGGUUUUUGUUUUUGUUCCUCCCUCUGUCCAGUUACUGUGUGUAUUUCCGCAUGAAGCAUGUGGGCCCAGUCUGUCGCCUUCAAGGAUGGAGCAGACAAUUGAUGCAAGAACAAUUGGUGUGUGUGGAAUGCCAGGUCGAAGCUGUGGCGAGCAAUGGUCGAUGCUUGGGGGAUGGAUUGGCUGGAACCAGGUAGGGAUUUCUUGCUGUGAGCUGCAAAAUUCAGACAUUGUUCACACUAUUUAACAAUAUCUGGAUUUUGCAAAUCAGGCCUUGAACGGGACUGAAUUCGGUCUGGAUUUCAGCCGAACACUGCUAGACCCAAUAAAUUAAUGAAAUCCAGACCUAAUUAAUUAAAUGUGGGCUGGUGGCUUCAAUCCAGGCCUAAGUUUUAAAAAAAACAAAUAAACUAUUUGCCUGCUGGCAGUGCUAUGAAGAAUAAUUAGACCCCCUUAUUACUAUAAGGGAGGUUUUAAACCUCCCUAUACAUACAGCUGCCAGGUGGCAGGAUAUCUGCUAAAGUGACUGGGCAGCCAAUGGGGCAUGUGAUUAACAAGGGGGAUAUAGUCCCAUCCAUUGGUGCAGGGCCGUCUUUAAGGAGGGGCAAACGGGGCAGCUGCCCUGGGCCCAGUUACUCAUGGGGGGCCCAAAGCAGCUGCCCCGUGGGCCCCGUCGCCUGCAAUAAAAAUUUAUUUUUUUAAAAUAUUUCCCUACCUAAUGGUCCCGCGGUGCUAGUAUUGCGGCUGCACCGGGGACCACACACCAUACCUUUAGGGCCACCCAGUGAGCAUGUUCCAGCAGGGGUCCGGUCGGCGCUGUGGGCCUUUAACAGCGCGACCGGGCCCCUUGCUUAACGGCUGCAUGGGAGGAAGUGACGUCCGCGAAUCACUUCCUCCCACCUCAAAGACAUCGGGCCGUGCAGGAGGCUGCUAGCCAGGAUCCAGUGAGGAGGGGGAGCAAGGAGAGCCAGACCCCCAACUCCCAACUACCCCAGCCAGCACACUGGACCGCAGGGAAGGAAGCCUCUUUCAAAAGUAGUAAACUGAAGAGUGUCUGUCUGUGUGUGUGUCAGUUUGUAUGUAUGUGUGUGUGUCAGUAUGUCUGUGUGUGUCAGUAUGUAUGUAUGUCUUUGUGUGUGUCAGUAUGUAUAUAUGUCUGUGUGAGUGUCAGUAUGUAUGUGUCAGUCAGUAUAUGUAUGUGUGUCAGUUUGUAUGUCUGUGUGUAUGUCAGUAUGUCUGUGUGUGUCAGUUUGCGUGUCUGUAUGUCGGUGUGCCAGUCAGUAUGUCUGUGUAUGUGUCAGUAUGUAUGUCUGUCACAGUGUCAGUAUGUCUGUCACAGUGUCUCUGUGUGUGUGUGUGUGUAUCUGUAUGUUGUCAGUAUGUAUGUAUCUGUGUGUGUGUGCCAGUGUGUAUACCUGUGCAUAUAUCUGUAUGUAGCCAAUGUGUGUAUCUGCAUGUGUGUCAGUGUUUGUAUCUGCAUUUGUCAGGUAUCUGUGUGUCUGUAUGUUGUCAUUGUGUGUGUCUGUGUAUCUGUAUGUUGUCAUUAUAUCUGCGUGUGUGUGCGUGUGUGCAUCUGUGUGUCUGCAUGUGUGCCAGGUUGUGUCUGUAUGUGUGUGUGUCAGUGUGUGUAAAUGUGUCUGUAUAGCUGCAUCUGUAUGAUUGUGUUUCUGUGUGUGUAUGUGUAUCACAGUGUGUGUGUGUGUGUGUGUGUUUGUGACAGUGCAUGUGUAUUUGUGCAUACAUCUCAGCAUUCAACACUAAACGCAAAUACACACCUGCAUUCAAACUUCAACACUACAUAUAAACACACCUCUUUUUUUAAACCCUUAAGACCGGAGGGCGUACUAUUACGCCCUAUUCUAAGCGGCUCUAAACGCCGCCGGGCGUAAUAGUACGCCCUCCGGUCUUUCGGUACUUACCCUCCCAGGGAGCCCCCCGCGGCACGUCCGUCCUCCUCGAAGCCCCCCGGCCAUGUGAGAGUGGGGUCCUUGCGAGGACCCCACAAUCACAUGGCCGGGGGUAGCUGGCUGCUGGCUGAAAAUAAAAAUAAAAUAAAUAAAUAGUGUAAAAAAAAUAAUAAUAUAUACUUAGAUCAUAUAUGAUUUAAGUAUAUAUAUACACAUAUACAUACACACACGUACACCGUCUAGGUGUAUUUUACUAUUAAUAUAUAUAUAAUUAUAUAUAUAUAUAUAUAUAUAUAUAUAUAUAUAUAUAUAUAUAUAUAUAUAUAAAAAUACACGUAGACUGAUACUGAUUAAAUAUAUAUAUAUAAUUAUUGUUAUAUAUAUAUUUAUAUAUAAUAUAAAAUAAAAUGUAAAUAAUGCUAAAAAAUAAAAUUAAAAAAAAAUUAAAAAUAAAUAAUUAAAAAAUAUAUAGAUGUGUGUUAUUUCGUUCUAACUGUAUUGUGAUAUAUAUAUAUAUAUAUAUAUAUAUCAAAAUACACGUAGAACGAAAUAAUAUAUAUAUCUAUAUACAUAAAUAUAUACGUAUAUAUCUAUAUAUAAAUAAAAUAUUUAAAAUUAUAUAUAUAUAUACAUAUAUAUACACAUACGUAUAUAUAUACAUAUAUUAAUUCUACAUAUAUAUUUAUGUAAUAUUUUUACAUAAUUAGGUAUCUUAAUUAAUUACAAUUAGCGGGACCUGCCUGACAACCCAUGCCGAAAGUAAAGGGAAUUUAAUUUGCUAGCACUAUAUUUAACCCUAUAACUUUCCAAGACACCAUAAAACCUGUACAUGGGGGGUACUGUUCUACUCAGGAGACUUCGCUGAACACAAAUAUUAGUGUUUCAAAACAGUAAAAUGUAUUACAACGAUGAUAUCGCCAGUAAAAGUGAGUUUUUUGCAUUUUUCACGCACAAACAGCAUUACACGGACAAUAUUAUUGCUGUGAUACUUUUUACUGUUUUGAAACACAAAUAUUUGUGUUCAGCGAAGUCUCCCGAGUACAACAGUACCCCUCAUGUACAGGUUUUAUGGUGUUUUCAAAAGUUACAGUGUCAAAUAUAAGGCUUGCAUUUCAUUUUUUUCACAUUAAAAUUCGCCAGAUUGGUUACGAUGCCUUUGAGACCUUAUGGUAGCCCAAGAAUGAAAAUUACUCCUAUGAUGGUAAACCAUUUGCAAUAGUAGACAACCCAAGGUAUUGCAAACAGGGUAUGUCCAGUCUUUUUUAGUAGCCACUUGGUCACAAACACUGGCCAAAAUUGGCGUUUUUUUAUUUUUUCACACACAAACAAAUACUAACGCUAACUUUGGCCAGUGUUUGUGACCAAAUGGCUACAAAAAAGACUGGACAUACCCCAUUUGCAAUACCUUGGGUUGUCUACUAUUGCAAAUGGUAUGCCAUUAUGGGUGUAAAUUUCAUUCCCGGGCUACUAUACAGUCUCAAAGGCAACGUAACCAAUCUGGCGAAAUUCAAUUUCAAAUGUAACGUGCUAUAUUUGACCCUGUAACUUCCCAAAAGACCAUAAAACCUGUACAUAGGGGGUACUGUCUUACACGUGAGACUUUACUGAAUACAAAUAUGUGUAUUUUAUUGCAGUAAAAGCAAACAGUAUUAUGACAUUGACCGUUAAAAUGUCAUGUAGAACUAAAAAAAUUUAAAAAAAUCGUAUUUUCUCCCAUUUUUUUCAUAUUAAAUUAUGUUUCAUAGCUAAAUAUUUGAUAUUAAAUGAAAGCCCUGUUUCCCCUGAAUAAAAUGACAUAUAAUAAGAGUGGGUGCAUUUACUAUGAAAGAGGUGAAUGACAUAUAAUAAGAGUGGGUGCAUUUACUAUGAAAGAGGUGAAUUACGGUUGGACAGACAUGUAGCGCAAAUGCCAGGUUUUGUUUACAUUUUGUUUUGUUCACAACAUGUACAUUUGGCUCCGUCCUUAAGGGGUUAAACAACAAAAUUAUAUAUAAACACACCAGUGUAUUCAUAAACCAACACUACACAUAUAUGCAUACUUGCAUUUAAAUGCCAUCUCCACAUACAAACACACCCCUACAUUCACACAAACAUACUCCAUACAAAAACAUGCUUACACUCAAACACACAAAUACUGCUCAAUGCUAAAUAUAACCCUGCAUGCAUAGGAAAAUGGUAGCGCCCCAGCUGUCAAAGCAUUGUUGGAGUUGCAUGACAGAUGGGGAUCUACCUUUUGCCCCCUCUUGCCCAAAAUAAUUCAUGCACCAGAGCCCUCUCUACUUUACGUCCGCCUCUGCGUUGGGGUGGGGGGCAUGAUUGCAUGCCAGGGAGGGGAAGACCGGGUUCAGGGGGCCCAAGCAAAUGUUUGCCAUGGGUCCAAUCCAUAUUAAAGACGGCCCUGCAUUGGUGGUGGGUGGGGAACUAAUUACAGGAUCAAAUAGUGCAGUUGUUUGGGGAUGGUCAAUAGCAUGUUCACUGCCCAUUAUUUAAUUAGAGCCCCCACAGCACAUGAGAGGAGGCCGGGGAGAGGACAUAGGUCUUCUGCCCUAAUUAUUCUUCGUAUUAUUAUUUGACUGGACACCUGCCACCAAUGAAUGUGGUCCAUGGAUGGACACUAGUUCCUCACCCUGAAUAUUAAAAUUGUGCUAGCAAACAGUACUUAAAAUUAUCGUUCGCUUGCAUGAAAGCAAGUGAAUGAUAAUUUGCAAAUGUGCAUCCUGCUUUGUAAACAAUCUGAAUCUUAUACUUUGUAUAGGAUUCAGUUGCCAAAUCACAGAUUUUUGUCCAUGCACCAAAUGCAUCUCGCAUUUGCUGCAGUCACUCAGAGAGACUGAAUUCCAACCGUAUUUUUGCUUUAGCAAAUCUGAGAAUUGGCAUUCUGGCAUUCUUUUGGCAUUCUGUCACCGGAUUUUGCCCAUCCAUACACAUCAUGUGUUUUGUAAAUAACAUGAUACUAUUUUUCAUUGAUAUACAGGACGUUCUGGACUGCUGCCUCUCUUCCGGGCUGCCAGGGAUCCUGGGUGCAAGAGGAUCUACGUGAGGACUGUACAUGCCAACUGCUUUCCUUCCUCUUUGUAUGAUGAUGCAGAGCCCUAAAUACUAAGGGAUGCAGUGGACUGCCUUAGUGCUAGUGAUAAUGCACACCAGGCUGACCAAUAAUCUCUAAUGCACAGGGCAUCAGAAGCCAUCAUGUUUAGUAAAGCACAAAGCUAGAUUACUUACCUCUCAGAUAUCUACCUCUGCAAUAUGCUUCCAGGAGGAAACAUCCUUAAAUUUUAAAUGAUUAUUUCCAUGUUGUGUGAAAUGUAUUUCUAGCUAUGGAUAUCUCUGGUCUAGUGUUUGAGGUGGCUGGCAACUUCACUCUCAGGAGUCUUUGCAGCAUGUUUUUGCUUUUUUCCCCUGAAAAUGUAUGUCAAGAUGUACUUCACAAAACAUAUAUGCAAAUUCAUUUAGCAACUGCAAUUAGGUAGCUUUAUAGAAUGCUGGAGAUGUCAUGACAUCACAAAUGGUGAAGCACUGGUGGUCACAUGAAAUGGACACACCAGGCCAGAAUUGACCUCUUGUUUUGUAAGCAUUAAGAUUAUGUAUUAAUAUAAAUAUAAUUUCAAAAUUUCCUUGUGUAACUUCUAUACAGAGCAGGAAGAGCUGAGGUUCUCAGCCCAUUGGGAAAAAAACAAAAACGGCUAUUGAUAUUCAUACAACAUAUCUGCCAACAUUGGGCCAGGCUGUGAGGGGAGGCAUUUCCAGUGUUGUGAGCGGACGCCCAGUAUGGCUUGGCCUGCUUGGAAAAGGGGCAGCUGCCCACUGAAGGGACCUGUUUGGCCAGCCCCCAACCUGCAGCACCUUGCAGAGAUUGUUGCUGCAGCAUUUUAGUGCCUGUUCACAGUGCAAGCGUGUCUAAUGAUGCGCUCACUCUGUUCUGGCGAGGACAGUCCUCUGGGGUUCUGAGAUGCGGCACAGGACCCUGAAAUCGGGACUGGUCGGAGGCCUGGUGCUUUAUGCCUUGGUGGGUGUUCUCUUUCUACUGACUUUCCCCGAAAAUAAGAUUUUGCCCCCGAAAGACUAACUAGGGCUUAUUUUUGGGAGAUGUCUUUUUUUUUUUUGGAAAGCGGUAGCAAGUGUGUUCUACAAAGCAGGUCUACGUUUUGGGGAAUCCCUCCGAACAUAGACUAGUUCAUGGAAUCAUGCAAGUCUAUGUUCAGGGAAACUUUCCAAAACAUAGAUUAGCUUACUCACGAAUGGAAUCCUGCACAUCUGUUUGGGGAAUCUUCCCCGAACAUAGAUUAGUGAGCUAGCGACUAGAGCUUAUUUUCAGGGUAGGGUUUAUAUUACGCGCGUCCCCAAAAAAUAAGCUACAGCAUAUUUUCGGGGGAUGUCUUUUUUUUUCCAUGGGAAACACAGUAAUGAAGGUUGUUUUGGAGUUCAGAUCAUUCAGUACUAUUAGUGGCUGAGCGGUGUGCAUACACCUGAUUAAAUAAUAUUUUCUUGGAGUGAGGGUGUGUGGUUAAGGAAGCAGGCUUAUUUUGUAGCAUUCUGCUUUUUUAGUUUGUGCAAAUCUAUAAAGAUUUGAGCAUGCAAAGAAUACAGCAUAUUCAUAAGACCAAAAUCUAGCAAAUGCAUUAACUAUUACUUGGCUGUUAGAAUGCCCCCUUACUUCUACAGUGUCAGUAAUUAAAUCAUCCCAAUUUUGAUGUCAGGAAAAAAAGUUUCACUUCUUAUAAUGUGAAUUAUUAAAGUUUCAGUCACUUUUACUACAAGAUUUAAAUAAGUUUGUCUGUUUUGCCAUUUUAUGAUGUGCAGAGAACAUACAGGUCUGUAGCAUUAGGGUGUGUCUAACAAUAAAAUUUUUUAUAUUAAAAGUAAGCAGUCUAUCCAAGUAAUUGUAAAUAAACACUAUGUCAGAAAUACAGACAUGUAUUCCUGUCACUAUAGUGUUUAACUAACCAUUUAAGUUCUGGUCCCCCUUUGAUCACAUUGGGAAAAAACUUUUGUUUUUUGUUUUUUAAAAACUUUUUUCUCAAGACUGCUGGCUCAACCUCCAUGGCUGAGAUCAUCAAUCUACAGAAAAACAUUGGGAGACUAUUGCACACACGCGGCAAAAUGCCUCCCUGCGCCAAUCAGCAUCUCCUCGAAGAGAUGUAUUUAAUAAAUGCAUCUCUAUAGGGAACGUUCAGUGCUAAACGCUAGUGCUGGACUGGGAAGUACCUCUAGUGGCAAUCUGAAUGACUAGAGGUGUUACUAGGCAGCCAAGUAUAAACAGCCUUUUUCCUUUGAAAAGGCGGCAUUGACAGUGCUCAGACUCCAGACACAAGCUAUAGCCAUCUGUAGUGGCCAUCUAUAUUAAUCUGUAGUGGUUCUGGUGGCUCAAGUGUCCCUAUAUAUACACACUACCCCUAAGGCCAACCCUGCUAUAUUCUAACCAACAUUUAAACUCAUCCCUAGCUUAACCACAGGACCUCAAUGUAAACUCCCAGCUGUAGGUCAAAUAAUGUUCACUGCUCAUCAUGCUAGCGUUUUAUGUGCUCUAUAAGUAUAUACAUUGCAUGUAAAUAUAUAUAUUCCCAAAUCUGUAUCACCUCUUGUUUUUCAUAACUGUGGUACAAUGAAUUCAAUACUGGUCAUUUUAAAAAACAAAAAAAAAACUGCAUGUGUUUAUUUUCAGGAUAUUAUAUUACAUUGGCUGCGUAACAGGAAACUAAACUUAAUUUUAUUUUCUUUUUUUAAAUAUGGUGCUUAUUAAACACAAUAUUGCAGUAUAAAAACACUGAAGUGAGGUUCAUAUGUGCCAAAACAGGUUUGAUUUUAUGCCGUCUAAUCUUGUAAUGCAAACAGUGUCUACUAAUGUAAAAUGAUUUGAAAUAAAUCUCGGAACUGGGUGUUGUUGAUAAAGCUAAAUUCUCUUCCAAAUUAAGCAGCGGUUUGCAUUUUUUUUUUUUCUUUCAAUAAGUGAUUUUAUUGAGCUUUAGAGAGUAAUAUAGGUAUCCAACAUGGCAAUUGAACAGGAUUGAAGUAAAUUUAAAAAUAAAUAGAACUACAGUAUAUACUCGAGUAUAAGUCUAGUUUUUCAGCACAUUUUUUGUGCUUAAAAACCCCCACUCGACUUAUACUCGAGUCACUGUCUGUAUUAUGGCAACUUAGAGAGCCGCGGCCGUCAGAGCCAUGGCAACGAUCCGCGCGGCAACCAGACCGCAAGACUUACAGUGGAGCUGACCAGAACGGAGGAGAAGGGAGCUGACAGAAGCUGCAGGAAAG